CUUUCACCGAAAUCGAGUCGAUGCAUACAGACUAUAAAUUUGUUUUGCUGGAGGAAGGAACGUCGCAGAACCCAAUUCAAGUCGGCAUAUAUACCUCGUUGUAUACUUCUCCCCCUUCUUGUCACGAGGCUUGUCGUCGAUUUCAAGAAUUACGAGGACGAGCAAUGCUCUAAUAAGUUGCCGCUUAGCUUGCUCCUUUCUCGCUGACUGGAUCCGCUCCCUCUCUCCGACGACAGCUCCAACACUGUCGACGACUGUGCUCAAAAGGAACAACUUGAUCCUUUUUCACUCGUUGCUGAUGAGUUAUCGCUUCUUGCCAAAAAGUUGCGGGAAAUGGUAGUUGCUGAGGUUCCCAAGCUCGCAUCAGCUGCUGAAUACUUCUUUAAAAUUGGAGUGGAAGGGAAGAGGUUCCGCCCAACGGUGUUGUUGCUGAUGGCAACAGCUCUAAAUGUGCACCUACCUAAUGGUGGUGCUCCCAUGGCUGCAGAGCUACGUGCAAGACAGCAACUUUUAGCAGAGAUCACAGAGAUGAUUCAUGUAGCAAGUCUUCUCCAUGACGAUGUUUUGGAUGAUGCAGACACGAGACGUGGUAUCGAUUCGUUAAACUUUGUGAUGGGCAACAAGGUAUCAGUCCUAGCUGGAGAUUUCCUACUUUCAAGAGCUUGUGUAGCACUAGCUUCUUUGGGGAACCCUGAGGUCGUUUCACUAGUGGCGAAAGCUUUGGAGCAUCUUGUAACUGGUGAGACCAUGCAGAUGACUACUACCACUGAGCAACGUUGUAGCAUGGAAUAUUAUAUGCAAAAGACUUACUACAAGACUGCAUCUCUGAUUUCCAGUAGCUGCAAGGCAGUUGCCCUUCUUGCUGGGCAAACUGGUGAAGUGGCAACACUGGCUUUUGAGUAUGGAAGAAAUCUGGGUAUGGCGUUCCAGUUGAUAGACGAUGUUCUUGAUUUCACUGGCACGUCUGCUUCACUUGGAAAAGGAUCACUGUCAGACAUACGCCAUGGAAUAGUAACUGCUCCGAUACUAUUUGCCAUGGAGGAGUUUCCCCAGCUGCGUGCAAUUAUUGAUCAAGGAUUCAAGGAUCCCAAGAAUGUGAACCUUGCACUUGAAUACCUUGGAAAGAGCCAUGGAAUACAAAGGACAAGAGAGCUUGCUGCACAACAUGCUAGCCUUGCUGCAGAAGCUAUUGAUUCUUUACCGGAAACUAUUGAUGAGGAUGUGCAGAGGUCGAAGCGAGCUUUGAUAGACAUCACACAACGAGUAAUCAGCAGGAACAAGUAACAAGAAAGGCCCACACCUGAGUCCUUGCUUGGCAUAAUGGACUGCACAAUAUUUUUGCAGUAAUUUUGUUCCAGUGUUCCUAUAAUUCGAGAGAAAAUUAGUUCCCCCUCUCAUUAAUCUAACUGCUUUAAGGGUGGGGCGGACCAAUGCUGUCUAGAUCAGUAUAAAUUCUGCUCCAAAUCAAUCCCAGAUUAGCUGCAGUGAAGUUUAUUGUUUUCUAGUUUUUGUGUUGUUAUAAUCAAGUUGCCUAUCGGCCUGGUCAAUGAUUUUUCUUCUAUAUACUACAUGGUAGCUCGAUUUAUUUCCAGUG